UUUACACAUGUGUUAAUUCAGUAUUUUAUAUAUAUUUUUUAAAGAAUUAUCCAAAACAUUUGAUCGUUAAAUUUUGAUUUGUAUUUUUGAGGAUGUUUUGCACAUGGACGUGUACAUUAUUUGUAUUAUUAUUCUUAUUACAUUUUAGUUGUGUUUUUGGCAGAUGCCUUUACGCAAAGUGCAUUCAAAAACAAAAAAAAUCAGUAGGCGUGUUCCCUUUGAAUCUGUUGAACUGCAAUGCUUCAAUGCAACUAAACAACUGAGCUACAGGAACAUUAAAAGAACCUUCUUACAUUAAACUUUUAACCUGAUUUAUUUUAUUCCACACCCCAAACAUGUGGUAUCACAGAAAACCUCCAAAAUGUUUUAAGAUGCACCGGGUCUCAAACAGAACCAGUGUGUUUCAUUUUCAAGAUGUAAUAAUGACCACAAUGAACAAAAAUAACUGCUGGACCUAUGGGAGGAUGUAAUGCUUAUAGUGUACUCAGUCUAAAACGUAACGUUAUCCACGCAUGCAUGUCCCCCUCUCAGAGAGCAUCCGCAUCGCUCCCCACUCGCGCAGCCUGAACUGAACUCCCUUUGAUGCAGGAGGAGGGACGUAUCGUGAGCUACGUGCAGAGUUCAUAUAUGUACCAACGAAAAUCGAAAUCGACAAUCCCAUGCAGACGUACAUCAGGAGCACACACAACUCGCUGCGAUUUCAAGCCACCAUAUGCGCGUUCGCGGAUUCAAUCUAGUUUGUUUUACGAGCAUCUACCCAGUUUACGGUCCACGAUGCUUGCGUUUAGAUGAACGUUUAUAGAUUCGUUCACUAGCGCCCCAAAGGGGUUUACGCGGGUAAAGGAGACGUGAUUGAUAUAACUAUUAUUUGUAACCCAUUGUCAGUGAAAGGUGCAUUAUAAUCCGGAUUUAAUCUGAAUUUGGGCGUUUUUCAUCUGUACGGGUUUGUGAUCGAACAGGAGUGGUGGACGAGCGGUGCGCUCCUGAAUUCUGAAUCCUGUCUUACAUCCACAGAGAUGCUAUAUCUGCCAGUGUUAUCCAUGAACUCGGAUUUACAUCAUAGUUUCAGGAUGCCGAAUAUAGGGUUCCAGAACCUUCCUCUGAACAUCUACAUUGUCGUCUUUGGGACCGCCAUUUUCGUCUUUAUCCUUAGCCUCCUCUUCUGCUGUUAUCUUAUCAGGUUACGGCACCAGGCGCACAAAGAGCUCUAUGCAUACAAGCAGGUUAUUCAAAAGGAAAAAGUCAAAGAAUUAAAUUUACAUGAGAUUUGUGCGGUGUGUUUGGAAGAGUUCAAGCAGAAAGACGAGCUGGGCAUCUGCCCGUGUAAACAUGCUUUCCACAGAAAGUGCCUUAUUAAAUGGCUGGAGGUGAGGAAGGUAUGCCCGCUGUGCAACAUGCCCGUCUUGCAGCUGGCCCAGCAGCACAGCGUGUCUGAAUCCGUGCCGCCGUCGCAGCAGCCUCUGCCCGGAGUGGAGAACAUGGUGUAGCACCUCUUGCUUCUCAUGUGACCACCUUCACACUCCCUUCUAUACAGGUACAAGCUUACAUCCAAGGAAAGACUGCAGGAUUUGUCCCCAGAGCCACGGAGACCUUUGACCUGCGUGCGUUCGUGUUCUACCUUGGUGGCUUUACAAAGGACUCUCUCAAAAUACUGCAGCAGUUGAGUUACACAAUUUAUAUUUGGGUUUGGCUCUUUUUCCUGUGGUAUACUGACGAAGAAUUGAGAUUAUAUGGCCAAACCUUGUUUAUAAUAACCGAUCCACACCAAAGCACUUUUUUGAGGACACCAUUAAGAGGGAAAAAAAACAUGGACUAAAAAUAACAAGUUUUUCAACACGCACUUUAAACAAACUCUAACCUAGUUGCUUGUGAUAGUAGCAAGAUUUUAUUAUAUAUUUUAUUUCUGAACUUUUUGUUUAUGUACACAGAGCCACAGAGCAAAGCAUUGGUUUUAUUUUGAUUGGGGAGAGUAACGUUUAUACUGUAUAUUUAAGGGACAGCAGCUCUCCAUUGUGUAUAUGUUUGUCUGUGUGAGUGUUUGUGUAUUGACAGUCAGUAGAAAGCAGCGUAGUAACAGCUCAUGAACAAAACAAAUCUAAAAAAAUACAGCAAAUGAUUAUCUGUUUGUAAAUUUAGCUUUUGAACACCGAUCUUGGACUGUUUGUCUUGUUGUGAUUAUUAUUAUGAAGUGAAUUUGACUGGAAUAAAAAGUCUGCAGGGCUGUAUCGGUAGAUAUGGAUCACUGUGACUUUAAGCGGGGCAAAAAAAUAUGAAUAGAGGAGGUGUGAAUUUGGGUCAGGUUAUGACCCAUCAGUAUUUGAUCUCUGUGUGUGAUCUGCUUCAAAAUCGAGCUGUGUUAAAUACACACCGCCAUACACAUUUGGUAAGUGUAUUUAAUUAAAAUACUACCUUUAUAAAACUGUAUCGGACUGAUAAACAUCAUCAUUCCAAAACCUUAUAAGAUAUGCUCAAUCAUUUGGUAUUGACUUUCCACCCAAGUCAGUGUGGCAUAUUUAAUGUAACAGGCAGUGAUGGUAUUGUUAAUAAAUACAGUAUGGUUUAGGGUCACUUACCCAUUCUUUCUUACAAUUCUCCUUUGACUAGAAUUUGUAAAAAUGUUCACUCUGCAUUUUAUCAACCAGCUUCUUAAGGUGCAUUUAAAACCGCAUAGGAGUUAUACACUGGUUUCUUUAUUAUUCGGUCCAAGUCAUCCCAAGGUUGGUAGAGUUUACUUAAACUAUUAAAACAAUUGUAUUUACUGAAAUCAAAUCAAAUAUUUUCCUAUAUAUCUUAAAAAAAUAAACAACAAUGAAAAUAUAGCCUUGGAAUCAACUGAAGUAAGAUGAGGCAGUAAUUUUGUUAUCUGAAAAUAAAUAAAAGCUAAACUAAAUAAUACAAAUGACGAAAACACAUAACAAAAUUGCUAUAAAGUCAAUUUAAAAUUAUAUUAGAUAAAUAUAUAAAAAUAAAAGACAAUAAAGCUUCUGUAAGACUGAAAUCAAAACUAUAAUAACUCUGAAUCAUCUAUUUUAAAAACAUUUUUCAGAUACAUUUUGUAAAUAAAAGAAUGUGUUUAACAUUUUAGCAUACACCUUUAGUAUAAAAGAUUUGUAAAAUAAUGAGAAACAUUUUGAUUAAGUGACCCUAAACUUUCGAAAUGAAGUGCCCAUUUAAGGGUGCCCCAAACUUUCCAUCUCUGAGGUAACUAAACCUUUCCACUGAUUCGGUUUAAUAGUUUCUGGCUUGUAUUGCUCAUGCAGAAUCUUGUUUUUAGUUCAGUACUUUAAAUUUAGAGUACUGCAGGUGUGUUAUUGCAUUCAUGGAAAUAUUUGCUAAUGAAGUAAAAUAUUUUGCAUUUAAAAAUAACAAAACAUCCCAAAGCAUUCGUGAAUAAAAAUAUAUAAUAGGUAAGAUGCUGCAGAGACUGUUUGUGUCUAUAAUUUUUUUCUAUUUUUUUUCUGUUUGUAUCUAAUCACACUUUGUAUUUCAUGGAGAUUGAGUUCUCCCAUAGAACCGUAUGUGUAUGCCUGUGUGUAUUUAUCCUGUCUUUCAUCAUCUAGCGCUGCAUAUCUUUCUAAUAAAUGGGAAAGUGUAGACAGCCCCAGAUGCCUCCAACAAAUAUUAAGAAAAGAAAUCCUGCCAUAGUAACGUCAAUCAAACUAGAUGCGCUACAGAUACAAACUCUAAUCUGAUGUGAUGAUGUCAUAAGGACCGGUGAAUUCUCUUAUUAUAGAAGUCUAGUCUAGUAUCAUUCCAGCAUCUUUCAGAGUGAGCCUCACUGAAUCCGUUUUUCCACAUGGACAUAAAGAGUCCUCAGCCAUUAUGAUCAAUGGCCAUCACCCCUCAUAGAGACAGCACUGGCCUACCGCAUGUCUCGACUCACAGCCUGCGGGAUAGAUGCAGUCAGCAGAUCGGAGCUUUUCUUUAUUCUCUGUAAUAGAAUAGAAGCUCUGGCUGUUUCCCCACUCUUUAGUGCCGCAGUUUUUUUGCGUGAGUGUCACGCUGGGUCUCGGUGCCCUCACUGUUAACGGCAGCCCUACUACACAUGGAUGUUCAGAUUGUGAAUUUUAGAUAAACCUAUUUAAUAUGAGAUUGGUGUAUUUAUUAUUAUUUAGCAUUUUCUGCAUGUGCGAGGAAACUCUUUUAUUUCCUUAAGAGGAUGUUUUUUCAUUUUUGAUCGGUUGGCUCUGGUACAUCAUACAUAGUCUUACUUAUGAGUGAAACACUGAUGGUUCCUUUGCGUAUGAAUUUUUUAUCAAGUAUUGUUAAAUUCACUCCUAAAUUAGAAUCUCUGUCAUUUUUUGGCUUUUUUAACACUGUCGGUCUUAAAGGUGUACUUUGAGUCACUCAGAUAAUGAAUGUAUGCAUAUAGAGAGCUGUGGUUUUUCAUUAUAAUGUGACAGUAGUUGAAAAUCGAGUUACGUCCGUCAUGGUGGUAUCGGUGCCUCGCCACAUAUGUAGAAGUGGGAACCGAUUUAAUUUAUUGUGUGCUAAAAUGUAAAGCUCUAACAUUCAGUAGUUGAUUCUAACAGCCCUUAUUUUGGGAUGGAGGAGAUUAGGCAAAGGAUUGUUUGCAUUGUUUAAACAGUAAAAUAAAGACACAAUCUUACAUUUUAUAGCAAUUUAAGAAAACAGAAUAGGUUUGUAUGAGCAAAAUUAGUGUGUUCGUAAUCAACUAAGUAGGUAGUUUUAUAGCACGUUGGGAAUGUUAAGUGAUAGACUAACGUAUAUCUUUACCGUGCAUAUUCCGAAUAAUGUUUUCUACUGAGCAUUGCUGAGAGUGCCAUAUCCAGUUAUCCCAUUUUAUUGUGAAAAGGUAAACAUGAAAUUGACUGCAAUUGUAGCCCUUUUCAAUGUUAUUGGUUCCCGGUUUCAAACAGACUGUUAGACCACACAAAGACAUGUUUUUUUUCAUACUAAAAUUGUGUUAAGGAUUGGCACAAUUUUUGUUGUAGUGCACUUGUCAUUUUAUAGAAUAUCAUUAAUGGCCACUAAGGUACCUUAACCUUUUUUUAUUAUUUGAUACAUGGUUACUAUUUAAACUGCCAGUUUAUAAAUUGUAGAUGAUUCUUGUAAAUCCGUCAUUGGGAUUGUCAUUGAAAAUGGAAAAAGUCAUUGAAAAGAUAAUUCCCCCACCUCAGUUCUUCUCAAUGAAACCUCUUUCAUCUCUCUAUUGCCUCAUGCUGAGAUUACCUAAUGUGGCCCCACCCCCUCACCAUUUCCCCCAUUGUGACCUCACACGUGUAAACAUGAUGAGCCACACCCCUUCUGAACACCACGGUUUUAACACUGCUAAUGUUUGUGUAUCUCACAAACAUGUUUGUAAAAGUAAGAAUUCUGCAACAGAAUAUUUUCUGUAAAGUAUUUGUAAACUAUAUUUUUGUAUAUUUAAUCAACAUUUUGAAGAAAAUAAAAAUGCAAAGAUGCUUUUUUUGCUAA